UUUAAAUACAACUGACUGAAACAGAGCGACGAUCACAAAUAUUUCUUACAAAGAAGAGUGUGUUCUUCAGAAUCAUUAUGUGGAAGGCAAUAGUGUUGUGCACGAUCCUGAGUCUGGCAAUCGCCCAGAAAGCUAGAUUCGAUAAUUACAAAGUCUUCAGUAUUAUUCCAACUACAGAGGCGCAGCUUGAAAUUCUUCGCGGAUUAGAAGAAAUUGGAUUCUCUUUUUGGGAGGCACCGAGCUUUGUAGGCAGAAAUGUGGAUCUCAUGGUAGCACCACACCUAUUGCCCGAUUUUUACACAAUAAUGAUUCAGAACGGAGUACCCUAUCGCCUUCAUAUCCAGGAUGUUCAGGCGCUCAUAGAUGAAACGACUCCUUUAAGUCGGUCGACAUCGUUCGAUUUCACUAACUAUCAUACUCUUGACGAAAUUUACAAGGACCUAGAUGAUCUGGCAAAGCAGUAUUCAAACAACGUGCAAGUUCUCAUAGGCGGCAAGACAUAUGAAGGACGUCAAAUCAAGGGCGUCAAGCUUUCCUUUAAGGCAAAUAAUCCUGGAAUCUUCAUCGAGGGUGGCAUUCAUGCCAGAGAAUGGAUCUCUCCGGCAACUGUCAUGUUUAUUCUGCAUCAAUUCUUGACCAGUAAUAAUACGGACGUCAGAAAUCUGGCUGAGAGAUAUGAUUGGUACAUCUUCCCCUCGUUUAAUCCCGACGGAUAUGUAUACACACAUACCACGAACCGAAUGUGGAGGAAGACGCGUAAGCCGUAUAGUUCUUUAUGUUUUGGCAGUGAUCCUAAUAGAAAUUGGAAUUACAGAUGGAACACUGGAGGUGCCAGCAGCAGUCCGUGCGCCGAAACUUAUGCUGGAAGUGAACCGUUUUCUGAAAUAGAGACGAAGAGCCUGUCUGAAUUCAUCGAGUCCAUAAAAGACAAAUUUUACGCAUAUAUCUCUUUCCAUAGUUACUCGCAGCUACUAAUGUUUCCUUACGGCCAUACAACAAAUCAUUUAGAGAAUUACGACGAAGAAUAUGCUAUCAGUUCUAAGGCCGUUGCAGCUCUCGCAAAGAGAUAUGGAACUAAGUAUCAAAACGGAAAUAUUGCCGAAACGAUCUAUGUAGCCACUGGAAGUACUUGUGAUUACAUAAAAGGCGUUUAUAAAAAACAACUCUCCUUCACUUAUGAAUUGCGUGAUCAAGGUCGUUAUGGUUUCUUAUUACCUCCAGAACAAAUUAUUCCAACUGGAGAAGAGACUUUGGAUUCUCUUGUAGCCCUGUUUAAUGAAGCCGAAAAACAUGGAUUUCCUAAAGAGACUUAAAAUUAGCUUAAUUGAUUGUAAAUAUAAUAUCCUUCAUCGAUAACAUAUUCUAAAAACUUAUUGUAUAAAUUGCUGAUUUUUAUAAUAUUAUUUUAUAAAAUUGAUGAUAAUAAAUUUUGGUAUUUCGAUUUUUAAUUAUG